UUUAUGGACCAUUUAAUUUAGCAUUUGUUAUUGAAAGAUCAGGGACAUCAUUAUUUGGAUUAUUAACAUUUGGAGUACAUUUGAGUGCAUAUGUUAGAACAACAGAGGGAAAGCUUAAAAUGUGGAUUGCCAAACGCUCAACAACAAAAUCUACAUGGCCAGGUCGAUUAGAUAAUACAGUAGCAGGUGGAAUAUCAUAUAAUUUAACAGUCAAAGAAGCAUUAGUUAAAGAGGCAAUGGAAGAAGCUAGUCUGCCAGAAGAAAUUGCAGAAAAGGCAGUACCA